CAAGAAUCUUGUACAGAAGGAAUGGCAAAAGAAUCUUGUCUGAUAUUCAAGAAAAACAAGAACCUGGACAGAUCGAAGUCAAGAUCGUCGACUAGUGCAGUCGAUUCGAACAUAACGAUUCAUCAAAACAGAUAAUUAGAAAAGCAAGCUAAAUAUGCAAUUGGAAUAUUAUAUAGAUUUCAGUGCUUCCAAUAACUAAUGAUUCGAAAUAUGUCGAUUCCCAGAAGGAUAUGAAUCUCGAUAUUCUAAUUCUACCCUAGAGUAAAACUGUAGAUCUCUAUUUCACAUGUCAUCAAUAUAUUCGUUCAAUAUUUAUUAUGUUACAUGUGUAAUUAUUGCAUGUUAUCAUGUCUUGCUAUGCGUAGAGAUUCAACACUUGCUCAUUGACUAGACUAAAUCGAUUGAAAAAAACAAGCGAAUCUAUGCUGGUUUGUCUUGUUUAUUGUCAUAAUAUGCUCAAUAAAAACUAUCAGAGUACACCUACUCGACGAAUAACAGAUCAAUUCUAACCUGUUUUGUUUCAUGCAUUGCUAGGUAACAGCCACACCGGAACUUCUUCAAUUGAAUGUGAACAUAAUUUUAUCUCCUUCACAUACAACUCCGACUGUUCGUGGUUGUUUUUGUGUUAUUAAUCGUAUACAAGAACCCAUAGAGAAUUUUCUUCGUAAACAUGAAAAACGAGUUGAUGCUAUUCUAGCUUAUUUUCAUAUUGAAACAACGGCAUCAUCAACAUUACCACAAAGUAUACGUGAAGCGUGUCGAGAUGGGGCACAAACAAUUAAAUCGCAACCACGUAAACCUAUGGUUCAAUCAUCAUCGUCAUCAACGACAACAUCGCCUAUUAAUAAUUUACUGCCAACAAAUACCAAUGAUCAAGAACAACCACCGGCUGUUGUACGAGCACCAACGAUGGUUGAUCGCGUUCAACGUUUAAUUGAACAUGAAUUUGUAAGUGCUCAUCCAAAACAGCCAUUAAUAACAUCCAAUAAACAACAAGAUGGCAUAGAACAUUUUGUCAUCAAUGGUUCAACUGUUCGACGACGUGCAACAGGACAAAAUCCUCGAUCAAAUAUAAACAAUAAAGAUAUAAUUAUUGAAAUCGAUCAAGAUUAUACUGAUUCAUCGUCAAAUCGAGAACAUCGAUAUGCAUCAAGUUUUCUAGGUGAAGCUAUAUGCCGUUUCGAACCAACAACUAAUGUAAAUAAUACAAAUGGUUAUAAGCGUUUAAGUACGGGCCAUGAUGAAUCAUAUUUUGAAUACAAUAAAAAUAAUGUUCGAAUCAAUGAUAACAAUCACGAUGAUUCAUUUAAUGAAACAACAUAUUAUACUGAUGCUGAACCUGAAUUUGCUGGUUCCGUUGAAUAA